GAUCGGUUUGUGAGAGCGAGAAUUAAAAGGCGCGAUCUUGACAAGCUUCCUGUCGUUGUUCCAAGGAGAAGGUCGUUCGUUCCUGUGAGAGAUUUCCAUUUUUUUUUUCGCUCCUCGGAUCUCUUUCCUCUCCCUUUCUCCGUGGCCCGGCGGAUCGAAAUUCUAUCCCCCGCUCGAUCGGCGUCCGCGCCUCCAGCGCGCAAUUCCAGGCAUCUUUUCUAAAGAGAUAAACAUCGUCAAAGCACAUAAAUUGACCAGAUUGGCGUGCUUUAUUCUUCAGUAUCAUCCCAGACUUGUGGACGGUGAACCCAGAAGUUGAAUUGCACUUCGGAAGGAAGGUUGCCUGAAACAUCACUCACGACAUAUGCUACAGUGUUGAAGUAUCCUGCAUUGGGGAUUUGAUUUAAAGAGACUCUUACCCAUUUUGCGGCAGUGUGUUCCUUCCUUGAUUGUUAAUUCCAUAGGUCCCUCCUUUUCAAGUUACAAUCUGAUGAUAGAGAAAACUAAUGAAGUAACUCUCCAUAAAGUCAUUAAAUUUUGAGUUAAUCAUUGAACUUUCUUUCUUUGCAUAAAUGUGGGUUGAGUACCCCUGAAAUUGUUGAAACAAAGCCGCCUAAGUUUUGCAUUAUUUUUAGGCAUUUUAAUUGCUAAGUUGGCAUGAAUACAGAUGGAGAAUGGACUAAUAAAAUUUUAAUUUAUUCUCCUUGUUUGUAUUCGUGCCAGUCAUUUACAACUUGUUUCGGAAGUAUUUUUAACAGUAUUUACAAAUUUAUUCUUGUUGCUAUUUCACAAGGUUAUGUAAAAUACGUAUUUUGGCUAUAUAAUUAUUUUGAAAGGCAAUAUUAUAGUCAAACGUGCAACCUGAUGGGCUAGGAUUUAUCUCUACUGGAUGAAUUGUCUGGUUGUCUUGUAGCUCAUGUUCUUUGAACAGUAUUUACAAAUCUAUUGUUAUUGCUAUUUCACAUGGUUACCAAAGUUACAUAUUAUGUUUUCUAGAGAAUCACAUUCAUUUUGUUAUAUAUUCAUUUUGACGGCAGUAUUACAGCCAAAAAUGCAAUAUGUUGAGCUAGAAUUUUAUCCUAGUGGGUGUUGUUUGAUUGUCUUGUAGCUAAUGUUGCAUAACUUCUUUUGAAAUUUUCUCAUUACAAUUUCUUUUAUGGAAAAAAACUUAACUUCUGGCUUCAAUAGAUAAUUUCUCCUAGUCCUAGACAAGCAUGACAUGUGUUGAAAUAGGGUUUCCCCACUCCCAUAGUCCUGCAUGGACAAGUGAAAUGGUCCAUUAUGCAUUCAUACUAGGAGGGGCAUCCCCUGCUCCAUCAAUACAGUGCUAGAUCCAGACUCAUCUCUCCAUACCAUUGAGUGAUGACUAACAUGAGGUGGUUAGUUGAAACAUGGUUUCUUGAUAUGCCCAUAGUACCACAUAGAGAAGUGCAAUUGUUCAUGAUGCACAAAUAUUGAUAGAACAUUCCUUUUUCUCAUGGAUACUCAUUUUGGGAUGGAAUGGGGGUUCUGCUCUGCUUCUGAUUACAAAUUGUAGAAUAAGAAUUACUAUAUUCCUUUCCGUGUCCAUAUGCCAUAGAUAAGUAAAAGACCAAAAUGCAUAUAAAAAGAGAUUUAAAUUGGGGAUCAAAAACAUUAAACUUGUAGAUCUUGCCUAGAUGCUAACUUUCCUAGCAAGUAGAAGCAUGAGGCAGCAGUGACCUAUUUGAGUUUUGUAAAGUGGUGAUUGAAAUUGAAAUUUCAUGGUUGGGGUUUGUCAUUUUGUUUUUCCUUUGGUGGAGAAAUUUGGAGUCAAUCCCUUUGAGUCAUUUUGUUCUGUGCUGAUUGAUCUAGAACUUGCAGGAAUGGCAACAAAAAUGCAGAGUAAAAGUUACCUUCCAGGAUAUUGUUCCACACAGGCUGUCGAGAACACAAGUAGCUGGUUUGGUUACUAUCAAGAUGAAAAACCAAGUUCACAUCUCUGCAGUAAUUAUGUACAAAGUCUGGUGAAUAGGUGCUCAGAAAAUGAUAAAGAAAUGCUAAAGCAUACGAUGCUUGAACAUGACGUGAUAUUCCAUAACCAGGUGUAUGAACUUCAUCGUCUCUAUAAAACACAGAAGGACCUUAUGACCAAGUUUCAAACUAGAGGACUCUAUGGAUCAUCUAUUGUUGCAGAAGCAUCACUUUCAAACUCUUUUACAUCUCAAAUGCAAUCUGAGUGCCUUGAAAAGAGAUCACAGACAUCCCAUCAUGUAGGAAACAACAGCUAUGGAAAGACAGUUCUUGCUUGUAAUGAUAGAUUCCACUUUUGUUUCACUAGGGAAGAUAGUGUUCAAUCUCAUCCCAAUCCAUUACUGAAUGGAGAUUCUGAAAAGGACAGCAAGGAACUAGGCCCUAAGAAGCAGAAAAAGUUUGACCUUCACCUUCCAGCUCAUGUAUAUAUAGACAUUGAAGAUACUGAUGAAUCAGAUCAGAAAAUAUUUUCUGUGCUUCCAUACACUCCUAGUAUUAUUCCCAAGAAUGCAACUUACUCUUUCUCCAAUGAGAAUGAUGCAAAACUAACUAUAGGGAGUAUUCAUAAAGAAGAUCAGCGCGUAUCGAACUUGCUUACGCAGAUCAACAUAUCAACCUGCAGCAUGAUUGAUUUAAAUAAGCCUGCAAAAGGUGUAAAUUCAGAAGGACCUUCAAACUCACGAUCUCUUCACUUGCUUGGCUUGAAGACACACAGUGAAUCAAAUGAAAUGCACCAUUCAUCUGUGAGAUCAAGUACUAGUAUCAGUGACAGGCAUUGUGUUCAACAGAUUUCAUCAGAUUACUUGUAUACAGAUGUACUUCCAAAAAGAGAAUGGCCUUUGUGUAGACUUGAAUGCGGUAAAAGUAGCAGUUCUGUGGAUUUUCUUGCUCGAACCUCUGCUAACAGUAACACCCCAACAGUGAUGCAUGGGAAUUUGCAGUUGAACACUAACACACAUAGAAAUAAUCAAACUCUUCCAUUUUCUCAUUGCCCAGAGAAAUGGUCCGGACAAAAGCUAUAAGCCAGAGUCACUCACUUCAAUAGCUCGGUGCCUGCUUCUGUCACAACUCCGCAGGCUAGUUUAAUCAGUCAUGCACCUACAUUUGUUUCAUCUUGGGCAAAACCUUCAACAAGCACGAAUGACAAGUCAUCUGUAGUUCAAGCUCUUCCUUCUUUUCGUCCAUCAUCAAAUCCUAGUAAUGAGAGUUUGUCUAUCGCCAAUCAAUUUCCUAUCACUUGCGAAAAGAGUGGGAGUUCUAGGAACUCAAUCACAGGCCUCAAACAUGGUAUUUGGGUCUCUCGCACAAAUUUUUUUUGCCAUGGUACUCAUCAUUGUUCUGAUGCCACACAUCUAAAGCACAACUAUGUUAAACAAGACCAGAAUGAUCAUCAUAAUCAAACUCUUCACAACAAUCUACCAAAGGAUGAUCAGAAUGGUUACCUGAGAAGGGACUUGGAAACCUCAAUGAAUAUAAACCUAAAUCAAGCAUAUCAGGAUGUCACUGAAGACAAUCAUUCUGUCAGAGUGGAUACCUGUGAUCAUCUUGCCGAGAGCAAAUACGGUAAAUUGUCAUUGCCAUCAUGGCUCAACAAUAGAACAUAUUUUGGCGAGUCCAAUGAUUUUAAGCAGCUUGCUACCAAGGUAGAUUAUAGCUUCUUGAAUAGACGUGUGCAACUCAGUUCAAGGACACAUGCUGUUACUCCAGAAGUCGAGAGGGUAGAGGAGAGAUUAAUUUCUCCGGGUAAGGAAGAACAUCUAAACAACAGUACAAAGAUCUUGAAAAAUGAUGACAACAUGAUUCUUACAGACUUGGACUUUGUGACGGAGAAAAAGACUCACAUCCGUGAUUUGUAUAGUGCAAUAUGUGAUGGAAAGAACAUAGAAAGGGUUAGGAAUCACAUUAAUUUGAAUGUUGAGUUUCCAUGUGUAGCUCAUCCUAGGCUAUCAGAGGAACUCCAUGAUUGUGAGGUAGUGACUUCGUCGCACUCUUCCCCAACCUUCUCUGCAAAAACUAAUGUCAUCAAUUUGGAAACACCGAUAUCUCAAUCUGAAAUGGGCAGCUUAAAUCAGCAUAACCAUAUUCCAUCAUGCAAGAAAGAUGCUUCAGAAGAACUGGUCCAUUCUGGCAAUACACUUCAAUUGGCUGCCCAGAACUUAAUUGAUCUCUCCAGGGAUUGGCGUUAUUGCUCGGACAGGAUCACUCCUAACAUGUUAGCAAAACCUGCAUAUGACACCUUGUCAUGGCUUGCAGAGGUUGUUGCAUCCUGCAGUGCAGAAAAUCCAAAUCUGAUAUCCGAUGGCGUAGAUUGCAGCACUCAAUCUUCAGGCGAUGAUGAUAUUGAUAUAUUUGAGGCCAUGACUCUAAAUUUGAAAGAGAUUAAGAUGGAUCAGUCUCAGCGCAAGGAAAUCAACAACAAAGAUGACAAAGAAGACACGGAAGAUACUGGAGCAGCCUCCAUGCUUUUCACAAAGCCUCGGCGCGGCCAGGCAAGAAAGAGAAGGCAGAGAAGGGACUUCCAGAACGAUAUCCUCCCCAGCCUCACAUCAUUGUCAAGGUACGAAGUGACCGAGGAUCUUCAAAACAUCAGUGAGAUGAUGAAAGCAUCAGGUAGGCCUUGGCAGACAAGCUCAACAAGAAGAAACAAAUGCAGAAAUGGAAUGAAGUCUCAAACAAGUAGGCAACCCAGAGAUUUAACCAUCACCAUUGGGGAGGUUCAGGCCAGUGAAAGCAGUAUGAUUGGAUGGGGGAGGACAACAAGCCAACUUCGUCGACAAAGUUGCCCACCUGGUGCUCUCCCUGCUUCAACAUGAAAAGAGCACCAUGCUUGCAUUCAAUUAUACAAGUUAUCACAUUGAUCGAUAUCGUUUAUAUGGGAUACUGUCACACUGCAUUAUAAAUUUUGCAUUUCUAGCUCAAGGAGAAGAGUGAGAAUGAAGCUUACGCAUCAGAAUUGAUUCAGUAGAUAUUGUGAAGUCUCAAGUCAAUCUGUUUGUAGACACUGCUAAGAAUUUGUCAAGCUAAGCUCUCACUAUGAACUGGUGAUAUAUGAACAGGACGUAUCGGGUAUAUGACAACUCGAUCCCUUGACGCCGGAGAUCACAUUUGGACUCAAUCAAAAUGGGCCGGCCCAGCAGCUGUGCUUGUGUGCAUCAAUGGCCAUUUACCAGU